CACAAAGAUUUCUUGAAACUUUAUAGAAACUCAUCCCUCCUAAUCUUCCAUUUCUCCAAUUGAUCUUUUAUGUUUAUAGGUAUCGGAUUCACAAAACGAUCUGUCGAUCAAAUCAAUGAAUAACACCAAUCUUGUAAUCAUCUGGAUAUUAAUCAUUACCAUCAUCGUACCCAUCAAGUCGAAUAAAGGAACCGAUAGACCAACUAAUGUGGGGUUGGCAAACUAUUGCACCAUUCUUAGCAUCGAUGGUGGUGGUGUUCGUGGCCUCAUUCCCAGUACAAUCCUUGCAUUUCUUGAAUCCAAACUUCAGGAAAUAGAUGGACCAAAUGCGCGACUUGCAGAUUAUUUUGAUGUGAUUGCUGGAACAAGCACCGGAGGGUUGAUGACGACGAUGCUUACAGCUCCUGAUUAUAGAAAUCGCCCGCUUUAUGCUGCGAGAGACAUUAAUGGAUUCUACUUUCAACAUUCGCCUAAAAUAUUUCCUCAACUAAGCGAUGAUGAUGAUACGAUAAUUAGUGAAAAAUUUUCUACUCAACAUGAAGCCUGCGAUGGUCGAAUCAAGUUCCUGAACUCGGUAGCGGGCAUGUUUGGUGAGGUCGCCGGACCAAAGUACGACGGAAAAUACAUCCGAUCAUUAACCAAGACGCUAUUACGAAAUAUGACAAUUAAACAGACUUUAACAGACAUUGUUAUACCUGCUUUCGAUAUCAAGCAUCUUCAACCUACCAUCUUCUCCACAGCUCAAGCAAAAGAAAUUGCCUGGAAAGAUGCGCAAUUAGCGGAUGUAUGCAUCAGCACUGCAGCGGCUCCGACGUAUUUUCCGCCGUAUUAUUUUGAGACUAGAGAUACCGAUGGAACCAAACACACUUUCGAUCUCAUCGAUGGUGGAGUUGCUGCAAAUAAUCCGACGCAACUUGCCUUGACGCAUAUACAUAAGGAAGUGUUGAUGGGGAAAUACAGAUUCGCGGGUGCAACUUCAAACCACGUUGAUGCCAAAAGGAUGCUUGUUCUUUCACUUGGAACCGGCAUGCAAAAAUUCACCGAAAGAUAUACAGCACAAAAAGCCGCAAGAUGGGGUUUGCUGAGGUGGAUUUUCGAUAAUGGGUCCACCCCAAUUCUACAUAUCUAUAGUGAUGCCAGCUCAGAUAUGGUUGAUAUCCACGUGUCAACUCUUUUCAGAGCCUUAAACGCCGAAAAGAAUUAUCUACGCAUUCAGGAAGAGAACUUGACAGGGGACCAAACUUCAGUGGAUAUUUCAACAAUGGAGAACAUGAAAGCUUUAGAAAAUAUUGGGAAAAAACUGUUGCAAAAAAACGUGUCAAGAUUAGACGUUGAAUCAGGCAAAUUCUUAGAGGUUAAAGGCGCAGGAACAAACGCUGAAGCUUUAACACAUUUCGCCAGACAACUUUGUGCAGAAAGAAAACGUCGCCGUUGUACAAAUUAAGGUUUCUU